CGACGUCAGCCGUCGUAAACCUUUAGUCCAGCAACAGAGGUCACAACAAGCCGCUCAGCAUGGGAGGUGACCACGGCCACAACAAGACGCCCCUGCCUGACUGGCGGCAGUGGAAGUCGGAGGGAACGCCACUGGAGUUCACACAGCAGAGGCUGGCAGCCAGGGGCCUCAAGGACCCGUGGGCUCGUAACGAGGCGUGGAGGUUCUCCGGCGGCUUCGCUCGUGCUGUGACUCUGUCUGAUGUGCUGCUGAAAGGAUUCAAGUGGGGCUUUGCUGCCUUCACUGUGGCUCUGGCUGUAGAGUACGCCCUGUUCCCCCCAAAGAAGGGCGGCCACCAUUAAUCCUCAUCGAAGUCCCUCCAGACCAUAAUGGAGUCUAAUAAUAAUAUUCUGUAUUUUCUGUUUAUUAAAUGUUUUUUUUGAUCA